AAUCAACAUUUUUCGUUCUAAAAUCUAUCCAUUUCAGACUCGCAAGCGGAAAGAACGCCACUGCAGUUGGAUUACGCAGAUCAUUUUUUGGGGUUUUGGCAAUUUGAUGUUGUUGCCUCUGCGUUUAAUCUUGCGGAGUCUCGAUUGAGAGUCUCCUAGGGCUUCAUUUCCUCAAUUUGCAUAUAUCUUUGAGUCGAAUUCGAGUUUUCGAUUCUUUCUCUUGUUCGUUAGGCUACGGUGCAUCGGAUUCAUGAAAUUCUCGGUGAUUUCAGCUCUUUUGAUUGGUUUAAUUCUCUUUUCUCCGUUGAAAUGCAUUCACGGCGAGGAGGCUAAGAAAAACAAAUUUCGGGAACGAGAAGCCACCGAUGAUGCCCUUGGAUAUCCUCAGAUAGACGAGGAUGCUUUGUUGAAUACACAAUGUCCAAAGAAUUUGGAGCUAAGAUGGCAAACGGAAGUGAGUUCUAGCAUAUAUGCUACCCCCUUGAUCGGUGAUAUUAACAGUGAUGGGAAGCUUGAGAUAGUGGUUCCAUCUUUUGUUCACUACCUUGAAGUUCUAGAAGGUUCUGAUGGAGACAAAAUGCCAGGGUGGCCGGCUUUCCAUCAGUCGACUGUGCACGCUAGUCCUCUUCUAUAUGAUAUAGACAAAGAUGGUGUGAGGGAAAUAGCUUUGGCCACAUACAAUGGAGAAGUACUCUUUUUCAGGGUGUCAGGAUAUAUAAUGACAGAUAAGUUAGAGAUACCACGUCGCCGUGUGCGCAAGAAUUGGUAUGUGAGUUUAAAUCCAGAUCCAGUGGACCGGUCUCAUCCAGAUGUUCAUGAUGAAAAACUCGUUACAGAAGCAACUAAAACGAAAUUAAUCUCUCAAACAAAUGGAAGUGUUUCAGAGUUUAACCAUACAACCGAGACCGCGAUCAAUGGAAGUGUGACUGAACUAAAUACUUCGGCUACGAUACCAACUCAAAUAUUGAAUACUUCAGAUACAGUGGAUAAUAGUACGGUGAAUGACAGCAAGGUUGAACAGGAUAUUGUCCUGCCUACAAGCAUGGCCAAUAACGCUUCUAUGAAUGCUACAACUGGAAUACUCGAUAAUAAGAAUGGAACUGGGACGAGUAGACGGCUUUUGGAAGUUAGUGACUCCAAACAAUCUCAAGACGAUGGUUCUAGGUCCAAGGCAGGCGGUAGUGGAGAUGGGCAUGUUGCCACAGUUGAAAAUGAUGAAGCUUUGGAAGCAGAGGCUGAUUCAUCAUUUGAGAUAUUCCGUGAAAAUGAUGAGCUGGCUGAUGAGUAUAAUUAUGACUAUGAUGACUAUGUUGAUGAAUCCAUGUGGGGAGAUGAGGAGUGGACUGAAGAUAAUCAUGAAAAAGCGGAGGAAUAUGUGGAUAUUGAUGCACAUUUGUUGUGCACUCCUGUUAUAGCUGACAUUGACAACGAUGGGGUAUCUGAAAUGGUUGUAGCCGUUUCAUACUUUUUUGAUCAUGAGUACUAUGAUAACCCAGAGCACAAGAAAGAAUUGGGUGAUCUUGAUAUUGGGAAAUAUGUAGCUGGGGCCAUUGUUGUUUUCAAUCUGGAUACAAAGCAAGUGAAGUGGACGACUGAACUAGACUUGAGCACAGACUCUGCAAACUUUCGUGCAUAUAUAUAUUCCUCCCCUACUGUCGUUGAUUUGGAUGGUGAUGGGAAUCUGGAUAUUCUUGUUGGCACAUCCUUUGGCUUGUUCUAUGUCUUGGACCAUCAUGGCAAGGUGAGAGAAAAAUUUCCUCUUGAAAUGGCUGAUAUUCAGGGAGCUGUUGUUGCAGCUGAUAUCAAUGAUGAUGGGAAAAUUGAACUUGUGACUGCUGAUACGCAUGGAAAUGUUGCUGCCUGGACUGCUCAAGGUCAAGAAAUUUGGGAGACGAAUCUAAAGAGCCUUAUCCCACAGGGUCCAUCCAUUGGCGAUGUUGAUGGGGAUGGUCAUACUGAUGUGGUGGUACCGACGGUAUCAGGAAAUAUAUAUGUUCUCAGUGGCAAGGAUGGGUCAUUUAUUCGUCCUUACCCAUAUAGAACCCAUGGAAGAGUGAUGAAUCAAGUUCUUCUUGUUGAUCUGAACAAACGCGAUGACAAAAAGAAGGGGCUUACUCUUGUCACAUCAUCGUUCGAUGGGUAUUUGUAUCUCAUUGAUGGACCUACAUCAUGUGCCGAUGUUAUUGACAUUGGCGAGACUUCAUAUAGCAUGGUUCUGGCUGACAAUGUUGAUGGUGGAGAUGAUCUUGAUCUUAUUGUCUCCACCAUGAAUGGAAAUGUUUUCUGCUUUUCAACUCCUGCUCCCCAUCAUCCUCUCAAGGCAUGGAGAUCAACUAAUCAAGGAAGAAACAACAUUGCAGUCCGGCACAAUCGUGAAGGUGUUUUUGUUUCACAAUCAUCUAGAACUUUCCGUGACGAGGAAGGCAAGAACUUCUGGGUGGAGAUUGAGAUUGUAGACCGCUACAGAAAUCCAUCAGGGACUCAAGCACCAUAUAACGUCACUACAACCUUGAUGGUUCCUGGCAAUUACCAGGGAGAGAGGAAAAUAAAACAAAACCAAAUCUUCAAAGAACCGGGCAAACAUCGGAUAAAACUUCCAACUGUCAGUGUUAGGACAACAGGCACUGUUUUGGUGGAGAUGGUUGACAAGAAUGGACUCUAUUUUUCGGAUGAGUUCUCCCUCACAUUCCACAUGUAUUACUAUAAGCUCCUGAAGUGGCUUCUCGUCCUCCCAAUGCUCGGAAUGUUUGGUGUGCUCAUGAUCUUUCGCCCACAAGAGCCCGUACCAUUGCCAUCAUUUUCGCGGAACACUAACCUAUGAUCAUUGCCCCAUACAAAAUGCGGAGACAGAUUAACAUGAAUGAAAAAGGUAUCCCUAAACCAAGAGCUGGAUGAUGCGCGAAUUUUUGUAAUACCAUGCGUUUAGUGUUGAUUGUUCAUCUAAUCUACCGACACGUCGUACUUGAGACGGAUUGGGAAUUUUUGAUGAUGGAGUAAUGGGGUUUCUUAUGAACAUACAUCUGGAAGGUAGAUAAUCAGAAAGUGUUGCAAGAUCUUGUCCUUUUCGAGAUCAAAGGGAUUAAGUAGGCGAUACAUUGAUAUAUUUAUAUGCAAUCUAUGUCUCUUCUCC